AUGUCCCGCUAUCCAGCCCACCUUUCACCCAACAUUACUCCCACGAAGCUUACUAAAACACAAAAGUCUCGUGCCCGUCGUGAACCCUCUGGCGUGUUCUCUCUCUUUCAACCACCCCAGAUUCAGCAAUUCAAAGAGGCCUUCGCCCUUAUAGAUCAAGACAGAGAUGGGAUAGUAAGCGAGCAAGAUCUAAAGGAUACCUUUGCGAGUCUCGGAAUCACGCCCUCGAAACAAACAAUGGACGAUUUGCUUACUGAUCGUCCUGGUGCACAUGAUCGUAUCGGGUCCUCUUCUUCUAUGGAUGACUCGGACAGGGGGAUUAACUUUGCCAUGUUCUUAACGAUGAUGAGCGAACACCUCUUCGAUUUCGACACGGAAGCAGAACUGGUUGAUGCGUUCGCAUGCUUUGAUGAAAGUGAUUCUGGCAUGGUCAAAGGCGAUGAAAUUAGCAAAUGGUUAAGCGAGACAGGAGAAAGAAUGGAUCAAAAAGAGAUUGAUAGAUUCUUGAAGGGGUCGUUCACUGACCGACAAGGUAACUUCAAUUACAGAGAAUGGGUGAAGGUUCUUCGAGUCAACGAAGACGGUGAUGAGCCUGAAACCUAA